AAGUUUGGCCUCUGCGAGCAGCCGUCGCUCGCAGGCGCGGAAGUAGCCGGGAAAGGGCAAAUGCUUCGGUCGUGGUCUCCUGGGUUGAAGGCUGCCGAGGAGGUCUCGGUCACUACGCGUUGCUGCGGGCUCGCCUGUGCCUUCCCUUAGGGCGUUUUGGCCGUCCGGUCUCUGCGCUCCCUGUCCGGAACCUGCCAUCUGAAGAGAUUUCCUGGAUGUGGAGUGUGACUUUCCAAAACCACCUUUGCCUUGUGCUGUGUUUGUUGCAACAAUGUUUGGGAGAUUGACGCUUCCAGAACUGCUUUUUGCUAGCAUCCUUGGAAUUGCUUCAGGAAUAUAUAUUUAUCAACCAAUAUUUGAACAGUAUUCCAGAGAUCAGAAGGAAUUAAAAGAAAAGUUGAAAUUGGCACAAGAAUCAGAAAAGAAAAGUUAAUACUACAUAGAGUUGAACUGUAAUGAUUACUUAAAAUUCCAUUGAAAUUAUACAUUGACUGUAAUCUAAUAAAAACUUAGAUAUGUUUUAAACAUAAA